AUGACAGAGGUAAGAGAAGGAAUCAACGCAUUCACAAAAGAAUUAUUCAUACGGUGCUUAUACGACCCAUUGGAAUUUCUGUUCAAGAUAAAUAUAGCAGUAGAAUCGGCGUACACAAUUCCCCCAGGGAAAAUGUCUCGGGCAGUGAAUCUAUUCGCAAUGAAAGAAUAUUACCAAGUGUAUUCUAUACUCAGAUGUACAGAAUGUACUUCUAUGAAGAUAGAAUAUAAUUACUGCACCUGCUGCACGAGUGCACAAGUUUUCUUAAGAAAUUAUUCUGUAUACAUCCUUACCAGCAUAAAGAACACGAGAGAGCCUGGGUUUAAAAUAGACAGAAUAUAUUAUGAAGAUGACAAGGUAGAUAAAUUACUCGAUAGAGUAGAGCUAAGUAAUGAAGGUGUAAUAAUCAGUAAUGAAUUAUUCACAGAUCCAUUUCUGAUAUAUUUACUGAUUCUUACUAAGAAGAAGUAUAUAUCAUCAGAUAAGUAUAAGAAAGUACUUUGUGUACUACUUAAGGUUAUGCCCUAUUUCUGGGAUAUUUACAAAUUACUUGGUAAUAGUGUUACUGCCACUGACUGUGAUAGUGUUCUUAAAAAUAUUUCUGAUCCUGUGAUGGAAAGAGUAUUUAUUCUGUACAUUGGGUGUAGAAAGUCUAUUUUAAUUCCGAGGCUUAAAAGGAUAAUGGAAGAAUAUGAAAAAAAUCCAGAAGAAUUUUCUAUUUAUGAAGAAUCUUUACUUGUUGCUGUAUUUGGUCAUUAUAAAAAAACAAAGAAAUCGUUGGAGGUAAUGGAAAAAGUAGUUGACUCAUCGGUGGGUUGGUAUAAUUUUGAUCAAUUCUCAAAUAUUCUGUACUCAUUAAAGGACACAGAAAAAUUGUCUAGUUUAUUGUUUACUGUGUUUGAUAGGUUUGGCAAUUUACCCAUAUAUAAUUAUGUAUCUGGGAAUUUACUUGCAUUAAAGUCUGACCAUGUAGGGAGCAUAGAAGAAUUUCAAAAAAUACUGCAGGAUGAAUUUAUUGGGGAGUUUGAUAUUGCGUAUAUAUUUGUGGCACAGGAGUAUUUCCAUUUGAAAGAUACUUGCUCGGCGAUUAAAGCGUGCAACCUUGCGAUAAAGAAGAAUUAUAAUGAUUACCGCGUAUGGCUGAGCAUGGCACAAAUAUAUUUUUCAAUUGAGAUGCACGAGUACUCUUUGCACUUUUACAGAAAAUGUGCAGAGUUAUCCCCAAGUAUAUCUGCGGUGUAUGAAGGACUAGGGCAAUGCUUUGAUAAACUUGGAAGGGAGGAAGAGGCCAUUCGGUGCUAUAAAAAAUGUGCAGACCAGGGAAGCGUAAAAGCACUUUGUUUGCUGGGCGACUUAUUCUUUAGACAGAACAAUAAUCAGUUUAUAGCAUAUUAUAAAGAAUACUUAUCACAUGCACUUGUGCUCGAGAAUAAUCUAGAGCAUACCCCAGAAGGGAGUGUAAAAACAAUCGAACGAGUAAUUGAGGUUUUAGAGGCAUCUUCAGAUCCCUCCACUGUAUUAGAAUGGAGAAAGUCUCUUACUCUACUAAAGCACUGCCUUGGGGCAUAAUAAACAUAAAAUAAAACAAGUAAAAUAAACGGUAUAAGCGAAA